AUGGAAAAAAGUGAAUUUCGUGUGCUUAUUAAGCAUUAUUUUUUGCGAAAAAAAACCAUUACUGAGACCAAGGCUAAGCUUGAUAAAUACUAUGGCGACUCUGCACCAUCGAUUUCAAUGGUAAAAAAGUGGUUUACUGAAUUUCGUUGUGGCCGUACAAGCACUGAAGAUGCCGAACGUCCUGGACGCCCAGUUGAGGUCUCUUCACCCAAAACAAUCAAAAAAAUUCACGAUAUGGUGUUGGCCGACCGAAGAUUGAAAGUGCAACAGAUUGUGGAAGCCGUAGGGAUCUCGCAUGGCUCAGUGGUUUCAAUUUUGAAUGAUCACUUGGGCAUGAGAAAGCUUUCCGCAAGAUGGGUACCGCGUUUGCUCACAGUCGACCACAAACGCAAUCGUGUAACAACUUCACAGGAAGGUUUGGCGUUGUUUAAUCGCAAUAUAGAGCAGUUUUUGCGCCGUUUUGUAACCGUGGACGAAACAUGGAUCCAUCACAACACACGAGAGACCAAACAACAGUCAAAACAGUGGGUUUCUAAGGGUGAAUCGGCGCCAAAGAAGGCCAAGGUGGGUUUGUCAGCCAAUAAAGUUAUGGCGACUGUUUUUUGGGAUGCACGCGGGAUAAUCCACAUUGAAUACCUUCAAAAGGGAAGAACAAUCAAUGGGGAAUAUUAUGCCAACUUAUUGGACCGAUUCAAUGACAAUUUGAAAAAAAACCGACCUCAUUUGGCCAAGAAAAAAGUUCCUUUCCACCAAGACAAUGUAAGGGUGCACACAUGUGCAGUUGCCAUGGCAAAAAUCCAUGAAUUAGGCUAUGAAUUGCUCCCUCAUCCGCCCUAUUCUCCAGGCAUUUGGCUCCGAGUGACUACUUCUUGUUCCCAAACCUGA